CUUUUGACGUGCGCACAAGUGUAGGGCGGACCAGUGGAUGGAGGUUCAUGGUGCGAAGAGAGUGUUAUUAAAUUAGUGAGUAGAAUUUUUGCGGGAUCCGGAUCGUCUAUGGUGGUGUUUUGCAAGUGGAAUUAAUUUUUGACUUUGUUGGAUACUCUAGGCUACUCUAUUAGAGCAGAUGACGACGACGCUGGCGGACAGUUUGCGCGAGUUGUACAAGUUCAGCGCGGUGGACUAUGGCGUGUUUGCGUCCAUGUUGAUCCUGUCGGCGGCCUGCGGCAUCUACUUUGGCUUCUUCAAGCGAACCACUCCCCAGACGCCGGAAAGCAGCGACGAUGAGUGCGGUCCACCCGUUGGACCUCCUCCCGGCGUUAGCCGGUCCAAGCGGAGGGUCACCUCGUACGGGUCGACAUCGAUGGACGAGUACCUGCUGGGAUCGCGAAAGUUGAAGGCCUUCCCGGUUGCGAUGAGUCUGGUCGCUGGGUACAUCUCCGGGGUGACGAUCCUGGGGACUCCUUCCGAGAUCUACAACUUUGGCACGCAGUACUGGCUGAUUAUUGUGCCGAUCGUGCUGAUGGGCGUGGCCGUCUGCUCGAUCUACCUGCCGGUGUUUUGCUCGCUCAAGCUGAACUCGUCGUACGAGUACCUGGAGCUGCGGUUCAACUCGUCGGUGCGAUCGAUAGCUUCCGUCAUGUUUGUGCUGGACGAGCUGUUCUUUCUACCGAUGAUCAUCUACGUGCCGGCGUUGGCGUUCAAUCAAGUGACCGGGUUCAACCUGUACAUCAUUGGGGCGAUCGUUUGCGUGGUGUGCAUCUUUUAUACGCUGCUGGGUGGCAUCAAGGCGGUCGUCUUCACCGACGCUUGGCAGGUCGUGGUCAUGUUCAUCUCGGUCGUGAUCGUGGUGAUUCUGGGCACGAUCGCGAUCGGCGGUCCGGAGAUCAUCUGGGAUCGGUCGGAGGUCGGCGGUCGGCUGGAGUUCUUCAAGCUUAAGUUCUAUUUGGACCCAUCUAUGUACGAACGCCAGACCAUGUGGAGUGUGUUGAUAGGAGGGUUCUUCUACUGGACAUCGUUCAACUCCGUGAACCAGACCAUGGUUCAGCGGUACAUGUCGCUGCCAAACUUGAAGAAGGCGAAGCUAUCGAUUGCGAUGUUCACCGUCGGAAUGGGGGUCUUCGUAUCGGUCUGUUGCUACGCAGGUCUGCUGAUCUACGCCCAUUACUACCGGUGUGAUCCGAUGUCCGUGGGGUUAGUCAAGACGGACGAUCAGUUGUUUCCACACUACGUCAUGGAGAUCGUGGGACAUCUGCAGGGAAUUCCCGGUCUGUUUAUCGCUGGGGUGUUUGGAGCCGCGUUGAGUUCGUUGUCCGUGGUGUUGAACUCGACUUCAGCGGUACUGCUGGAAGACAUCCUUAAAGGUAUGUUCCGCGUCAAUCCGAGUCCUCGAGUGGCCAACAUCUUUGUCCGAAGCAGCGUGGUCGUGUUGGGACUGGCCGCCAUGGGUUGCCUGUUUAUCAUCGAGAAGUUGGGAGGAAUUCUGAGUGUGGCCACUUCGCUGUCCGCGAUCGCAGCCGGUACUACGUGCGGGAUCUUCACCCUGGGAAUGCUGGUUCCGUGGAGUAACUCCAAGGGAGCACUCUUCGGAGGAGUGUCCGGCGCGCUAAUGUCCGGCUGGGUCUCGCUGGGCGCUCAGUUCGCCAGUGCCAACGGGCAGAUCAUGCCCCACAAACUUCCCAUUUCGGUGGACGGUUGCGCGGCCGAUUUGGUCUCCAACAGCACGAUCGUGAACCCGAUCUAUCCGGACGAGACUGGGAUUUUCCCGCUGUACCGACUGUCCUACCACUGGAUCACUCCGAUCGGGGUCGUUACGGUGAUGAUUGUGGGCACGAUCGUGUCGUUCCUGACGGAACCCAGGAACCUCAAGGACAUCGACCCGGAGCUGAUCUCGCCGGUCAUUCACCGAUUCCUGCCGCAGGAGUCGUUCGGCAACUACGGGUCCGCCAGCAAGGACGUUCCGCUGCACUUUACGGAAGAGAUGCGACCCGCCGCGUACGGAACGGAACGAUCGAGCACCAAAUCGAAGCGAUCGCACUGAGAGGGAGAGAGAGGGUGGAUCUCAACUCAGAUAAUCUGAAAACAAUGCAGCAAUAUGUAUUCCAGUUUCUUAAUCAUGCAAACAUUCGUAUUGGGAGGGGUGAUCGAUGGACGAGACACGGAAUCUCCGCUGGAAGCCGGAAGCCGGAAUGAGUGGAACAGUGUAUGCGCGUGGGAAACUAUUAGACUGUACAAAUUAGGUUCUGUCUUGGGGGGUUUGUUUUUUAACUGUGCAAGUUUUACAAAGUGUACAAGUACAAUGUGCUAACUGUUUUUUUUCUUUUUCGUAACUGCCUGUGAUACAAUCAAAAGAAUUGUUUAGGAGUUAGUUCAUUCGUGAAAGAGGGGGAGUUUUGUGUUUAAACACACAGCGUUUUUAUCUUGAGAAAAUAUUAUUGAACUAGUUUUAACGAAAUAAAGUUUUGUAUAAAAUACAAA